CUUUAAUUAAAAAAAAGAAAAAGAAAAAGAAAUGACUCCCAUUGGUGAAAAGAGAAACCGUGUGCUCACCACUGCACGGUUUCCAAAUCUCUCUCUUUUCUGAGGCUGCUAGCUUUGUUUCUUCUUGUUGGUUUCUUGGCUGAUCUUGAGAAGUUGUAUAUUUUGUGAGUUUCUGGCUGGCUUGCUCUGGUCUUUCAAAUUCUCUGGCUCUGUAAUUUUUUCGGUGUUGAGGAGCAGCAGAUUGUCUAAUGGCAUUGAGCACCAAAAGAGACUCUGCCUUUCGUCCUUCACCUGAUCAAUCGGAUCCUCAAUGGAACCACGAUGUGUUUUUGAGUUUCAGGGGUGAGGACACUCGACUUAACUUUGUAUCUCAUUUAUACCACGAAUUGCAGCUCAGGGGCAUUAAAACAUUCAAAGACAAUCCAAAGCUUGAAAGAGGGACACCUAUUUCUUCAGGGCUCUUCAACGCAAUCCAAGAAUCGAGGCUUGCAAUCGUUGUUCUCUCUCCAAGCUAUGCUUCUUCUACCUGGUGCUUGGAUGAACUUACAGAGAUUCUCCAAUGCAUGAAAUCCAAGGGCACAAUUCUGCCAUUGUUUUAUAAUGUGGAUCCCUCCCAUGUGAGAAAACAAAGCGGCAGUUUUGCGGGCGCAUUCGCUGAGCAUGAGGAAAGGUUUAGGGAAGACAUAGAAAGGGUGAAGAGCUGGAGAGCUGCUUUAGCUGAAGUGGCCAAUUUAUCUGGGAUAGAUUCAAAGAAUGAGUGUGAAAGAAAGCUUAUUGAAAAGAUUGUUGAAUGGGUGUGGAGUAAAAUGCAUCGCACAUUCAAAUUGUUGGAUUCCACAGAGUUAGUAGGAAUUAAGUUUACACUUGAGCAAAUAGAUUUGCUUUUAGCUCCUACGGAUGAUGUUCGCUUUAUUGGGAUAUGGGGGAUGGGCGGCAUUGGCAAGACGACCAUUGCUAAGCUAGUUUAUGAGAGCAUUUCUAUUAAUUUUGAAGUUAGCUGCCUCCUUGCUAAUGUUAGAGAGGUUUCUGAACAUGGGAAUCUUGUUAAUCUACAAAGACAGCUUCUUUUACCGCUCUUGAAGGAACAAAUUACUCAAGUUUGGGAUGAACAGUGGGGGACCUAUUACAUUAAGAAUUGCUUAUGUAAUAAAAAGGUUCUUCUCAUUCUUGAUGAUGUGAAUGAAUCAAGCCAACUAGAAAAAAUUGCUGGAAAAAAGGAUUGGUUUGGUAAGGGGAGUAUAAUGAUAAUUACAACUAGAGAUGAACGGUUGCUAGUCAAGCAUGAUAUGCAGGUAUCAUAUAAGGUAGAGGGAUUAGGUGAUGAUGAUGCACUUGAGCUCUUCAGUCGGAAUGCCUUUAAAAAAAAUGAGCCUGAGGAAGGUUUCUUUGAAUUGUCCAAGAGUUUUGUAGAUUAUGCAAGAGGCCUUCCACUAGCUCUUAAACUUUUGGGAUGCUUAGUGUAUAAGAGAGAUCAAGAUGAAUGGAAAAGUGAAUUGGAUAAGCUGCAGAAAAUUCCUAAGUCAGAAAUUAUUGAUUUGCUCAAAAUAAGUUACGAUGGACUAGAUGAGAUGAACAAGGAUAUAUUUCUUGAUGUUGCAUUCUUCCAUAAGGGGAAGGACAAGGAGCAUGUAAUUGAAAUAGUAGACAUUUGUGGCCUAUGCGGUCGUAUUGGGAUAGAUGCUCUCGUUCAGAAAUCCCUCUUAACUAUAUCGAAUGGGAAUGUUCAGAUGCAUGAUUUGAUACAAAAAAUGGCAUGGGAAAUUGUUCAUCGAGAGUGUCCUGAUGAGCCUGGUAGACGAAGUCGGUUGUGCAAUCAUGAUGAUAUCUCUCGUGUAUUCAUAAACAAUACGGCAACGGACAAAAUUAAAGGCAUCAGAUUACGCAUGGCGACACUUCAAAAGGCAAAUUGGAAUUGUAAAGCCUUCUCUAAGAUGCUUAACCUGAAAUUUCUUGAAUUUGAUAAUGUGAUGAUUUCUUCAAGCCCCAAAAUUCUUCCUAAUUCCUUAAGAAGUAUCAAAUGGGAUUGUUAUCCUUCCAAAUUUCUCCCAUCAGGUUUUCAACCAAAUUUCCUUAUUGCACUUGAGAUGCCUGAGAGCAAACUUGUUCGGCUUUGGGAUGGAAGAAAGGACUUGCCCAACUUGAAAAAAAUGGACCUUCGUUACUCUAAAAACUUGACCAGAACCCCAGAUUUCAGUGGUAUGCCGAAUCUUGAGUUGUUGGAUUUUCAACUUUGUGAUAAUUUGGUUGAGAUUCACCCGUCAAUUGCAGAUCUCAAAUGUCUUAAAAGCUUGGAUCUUGGUUGUUGCUCAAAAUUGAAAAAGAUUCCAAAAUUUUCAGGGCAAAUGAAAAAUUUGUCAUUGCUUAGUUUACAACAUACGUCCAUUGAGAAAUUAUCUUCAUCAAUAGGAUGUCUGGUUGGCCUUACUCAUCUGUUUCUAGAUGAUUGCAAAAAUCUCGCGGGUCUUCCGAGUGAAAUUUGUAAUCUGAAGUCUCUUAAAGAACUGUAUGCGAGUGAAUGCUCAAAAAUUGACAAACUCCCUGAGAACAUGGGGGAGAUGGAGUCUCUUACAAAGCUUCAAUUGUAUGGAACUUCUAUAAGACAGCUGCCACGCUCUGUUGUUGGUUUGAAAAAACUAGACAUGCUAGAUUUGGGUAGAAGUGGAUCACAGCCUAAUAAAUCAAGGUUUUUGUGGGGCCUUUCCGGUUUAUAUCAAAACAGAAAUGGUUUAUUGUCUUUGAAGUUUUUGAAUCUGAGUAAUCGUGGACUUUGUGAAGGGGAUCUUCCCAGUGAUAUUGGCUGCUUGUCCUCUUUAGAAGCAUUAGAUCUUAGUGGAAGCAAUUUUGUUAGCCUUCCUGCAAGCAUUGGAUGUCUUUCUAAGCUUGAGUUAUUUAGGGUGAAUGGCUGCCAAAGUCUUGAACAAUUGCCAGAUCUUUCUAACCUUAUCUCAUUAGUGGAAAUAGACAUAGCCGGUUGCACUUCCUUAAAAAUGUUACCACAUCUUUCGUCAAAUUGCACCUCAAUACGGUUUCGUAUGAGUUGUGCCAAUUGCUUUGUAUUGGUUGACAAUGAAGGCAGCGAUAGUAUAAUACUGAAAAUGCUACAGCGAUACCUUCAGCUAAUCCCUAGGCCUCUUUACCGAAACCAAUUUGAAAUUGUAACUCCUGGAAGGGAAAUUCCAGAGUGGUUCAGUAAUCAAAGUUUGGGAGAUUCUGUAACUGUGGAGCUACCUCUGGAUUCAUGUACCACGUGGAUGGGAAUUGCUUUAUGUGCUGCGUUUGAAGUUCAGGCUGAUCUUUCUGAAUUUCAUUAUUUUCAGAUUAGCUGUCCCCUACAAGGAAUGCGGCUACCUGGAGUAUUUACAGAAUAUUUUAAAAUAGGCGAUGUUGUGUCAAAUCACCUUUGGGUAAUUUAUGUAUCUCGUAAACUAUUUGAGAAGAUAUGCCGUCAGACAAAGGUUUUUUUCACAACUUAUUAUUCUCAAGACAGAAUACGGUGGGAAAAAUUUUGUGUGAAGAAGUGUGGGUUUCGUUUGGUGCACGAGCAAGAUGUGGAACAACUCAACCAGAUCAUGAUGAAGAAAUCCAUCAUCAAGAGCACUACUACUUGUCCUACCAAAUCAGCUGAUGCACAAGGUCAACAACGCCACGAUGAUGACCGGGAAGGUAGUCCUAGUGGAAGUGGUAGCUCUCACCAAAAAUCUCUCUUCUGCAAUACCUAUGCUCUUUCCGAAGAGGCAGACCAAGAUGAAUUAAAUGAUGUUGUUGACGAAGCUCGGCCCAGAAAAAGAAAAAAGAUCGAAGUGAUUGGGACUGACCUAUGAUUCCUCAUUUUCAAAGCAAGAGGCAUCACAGCUGCUGCAUUUCAAUUCAAUGUGAGUUGCUACUUUUGCUGGUUCUCCCACUGUUUUUUUUAUUUGGCUCUAUAUUCCUUGUUUUGUUUUAGGAGCAAAUCUGAAUUUCUCUCAACUUAUAAAGAUUUUCUCCCUCUUUUUAAUAACUGCACUUUUUAUGAAAAUUUUCAACUACAGCAUGGGGACUUUUGAUUUG